UGGCAUCCGGCGAGUUGUGUGGGUGAAAUUAGCGCAAAUAAGAACAGUUCCCCGAGGAAGAAGAUUUGAAAGGUGUAGACUUUUGCGAAAAUAGAGUAUCGGGAGCACGAAAAGUCAAAAAACAGAGCCCCUGUUUGGCAGAACACAAAUAAGUCAAAAUUGAUCUAGUUCCACUCUUUAAACGACUACUUGAAUUGCGUUGUAAGAUCUCGGUCAACAUCUAUCGGGCCCGUAAUAUUUCAAACAAAGACAUUACAUUAAUCGAGCUGCGCUAGCAAAACAAGAGCUGAAUUUCAUCCUGAAGAAGAGCAACAUUUGGAACAGUAGCAAGAUAAAAUGGCGAAUAUGGCAGUAUCUCGAAUCAAGCGAGAAUUUAAGGAAGUUAUAAAAAGUGAAGAAAUAAAUCAGUGCUCGAUUAAAUUGGAUAUAGUCAACGACAAUUUCACAGAGCUGCGGGGUGAAAUCGCUGGUCCGCCGGAUACGCCAUAUGAGGGAGGAAAAUUUCUAUUGGAAAUCAAAGUACCAGAAACGUAUCCUUUCAAUCCGCCGAAGGUUAAAUUUAUCACAAAAAUUUGGCAUCCAAAUAUAUCCUCCGUGACGGGCGCUAUCUGCUUGGACAUUCUGAAGGACAACUGGGCCGCUGCUAUGACUCUCCGUACUGUGUUGCUUUCACUGCAGGCACUGUUAGCUGCAGCCGAACCGGAUGAUCCUCAGGAUGCAGUCGUGGCGACACAGUAUAAAGAUAACCACGAGAUGUUUAUCCUGACCGCCAAGCACUGGACCAAUGUGUACGCGGGUGGUCCAUGUCGGAAUGUGGAUUUCGACCAGAAGGUACAACGAUUGCGGGAUAUGGGUGUAGCCGAUUACGAAGCUCGUGCCGCGCUUUCGCGACAUAAUUGGCAUCUGGAACGCGCAUCCGAACAAUUGUUUAGUUAGUUCUGUUAAAAUAGUCAGACCGCUUAAAUUCUCUUUUCACAUCCAGUGGUCGUUGCUCCUUAUUUCGUUUAAUUUAUCUGUGUUGAAGACAUACAAAACAGUUUAAAAUGCAUGUUGUCGGAUUGGUUUCAUUCGCGUUCUUUGCAACAAACUGAAUUGAGUUUCCUUGUUGUGAAAACUAUCAAAUUGAAACGCAUAUGUUAAAUCAUGUAGCUAUAACCUCUUUUAUAAAAAGACAAGCGUAUAAUGAUAAUAAUAUUAAGGAGCUUGAAUUGCAGGAGAACGGUGAUAUAUAUAUAAUAUAAUGAAACAACAACCACUGUCAUUUUUUUCUCUAACUUUUUUUUCGUCUAACGGAGAGUAAUUUUCACCCAAAUGUAUUGCGAUUGUUUCUGAACGAUUGUAGGAAACACGAUCAAUUAGUCCGAAAAGCGUAUGGGGCGCAAAUGAUUAAUAUUGUUAUUUAGCAUGUAAAUUUGAUAAAUAUAAAAGGAUCAUUUCACGCCUUCGAGUCAACACUUACAAAGAUA